CCCUUGCCCCCUUCACCUUCACAGCCCGAAGAUGCUGGACACCAUCAGCAGCCAGUACGAUUCCUUCAUCUACUGGAGGAUGCCGAUCCCACAGCUGGACGUGGCGGAGCUGGAGGGUCUGGGGCUCAGUGACGUGGCCCUCUACAAACCCAAAGGAGGGCUGGGCAAGCUCGUCGGCGAGCAGGAUGAGGCCCGCCAGGACAUCUCCCAGGAAGAGGACGGUCUGCUGCAGUUCAACAGCUUUAACUUCUGGAGAGCUCCUAUCGCCAGCAUUAGCUCUUUAGAUUUCGACCUCAUUUGAAGCCUUCCUUUCUGCCCCUCCUCACCCCCCCUGCCCUCUCCCUCUCUGCUAGGCUAUGUCAGGAUUCGGUUUUGGUGUCGGUUUGGAGGCUGGGGUUUUUGUGUUGUCGCCAGGCAGCGUCUGACAUCGUCGGUUAACGUUCAUGAAAUGGUUCACCCUGGCCCUGACAGAAAUGAGCUCCCCUCAAAGCUUCAACCCUUCUCCCCCUUCUCCCUCUUGUCUUCCCUCCUUGCGCUACCGCUGGCAACACCACGACGGUGCGAGCAGGGGGGUAAUGGGACAGGGGGCAAAUACAAGGGGAGAGGACAGAAACAGCCACCCCAUUGCCCCACAUCCACAUGCCUGCGGGUGUGGGAGGUGCUGGGGGGGGGUUCUGCCACCCCCUUGCACCCUGUGUCUGUGUGAGCAUGGGCGUCCCCGUGCUCGGGGACAAGCGGUUGAGCUGAUUUCUGGUGUGCUUUCGUAAGAAGCUCAUUUGUGCCAAGGGAAUGGCGCAGACCGGGUGGGAACAGGCUUCGUUUCGCAGGAAGCAUUGCUCCUGCUCCUCUCCCUCUGUGCUCCCCUAGCCCAGUUUCUCCUAAAGCCACCUCCCUGCUUAACCAAACCCUCGGGAAUGAGAGGUGGAAGAGGCAGGGAUGCGUCUAGGACAUGCGCACAAACCUCUGCCUUGAAAGAAAUCAUCUCUUUGGGCCUGUGGCUUGAGCCCAAGCAGGAGAAAUGACACCCGGGAGGAUAAAUACCCAUGGAAAUGCACCAACCUGCCGGGGGGGGGGGGUAAGGGCUGGGUGUUCGCUGCCCAAAAUCUGCCUUUUUCUCCAUUUUUUUCUCCCCCCUGUGCUUUAUCCCAAGUGCUCCGGGUACCUCCUGGGAGCCGGGUGGGAAGCAAGGGCUGAGCUGAAAGAUAGGGAGAAUUCAGUUUGCUCUUACCCCAGAAUGAAAACGCCUCUGGUUCCGCAGCCAAUUGCCCCAGCCCUUUAAAAGCUACAAC